UCUAUUGAUACAAGAAGAGAGAGCUGAGGUGGUACCACGCGUGCAUCCUAAACAUCUUUCUAUCCACUACUCGGCCCCCUUCGCUUCGCCCACUAUAUCGCCCCCCCACAGGACCGCUGUUUACCGAGGGACUGGGGCCCCUAUUGAUCUUGAUGCACGAUAUAAGAAGGGAACAGGGAUUAUGUCUGGUAUGGUCGAAUAAGAACGAAACCGAGGAAGGGGAUAGAUAGCGCGCGUGUACUAAGUCCUGGUCUUACUCUCCGUUCGUACUUGACUGAACCGAUAUGACGCCGGCAUCAAGACCCCAUGCAACGGCGGCACCACCACCUAUGCGCCAAUCGUGCGACCGGUGCCAUAAGCAGAAAGUCCGAUGUACCCGCACGGGGAACAAUAACACCGGUGCGUGCGAUAGAUGCCUCUCCAAACGUGCCCAGUGUGUAUACAGCUCCAGCCUACCAAAGGGCCGCCCUAGCUUGUACCGCUUCGCCGAUGAUGACUCCCCGGGCCGUGAUAUGGCUGGGCCUGCGGAAUCGCCUGCGCCCCUUGGGCCUGGCACCACUCCGAAGCGGCAUCGUCGAGCCAGUUCCAAGCCCACAUCUGCCCGGGCUCGCGACGACGUACCAAUCGGCUUGGAGCCCAGCAUGGGCGGAGGAGACGCAUGCAUCGACCCCGGCCUGAGCAGCAAUCUCCUGUUUGCCGCCAUGUCCACGGAGGGCAGUGGUCUGGUGGACAUAUCCCCGGACUCAUGGCAAUAUGUAGCGGGGUUAGACUGCGACAGCAUGAAAACAGUGGAGGCCGAUCCACAAUCGCGACAAGCCACCUUCAACUGGCACGCCAUCAUGGACCCUCCUCCGCAGAGCACCUCGGAUCUGCUCACUCGCCCUGCUCCGGCGGGAACCCCGGGGCGCGACUAUGGCCCGUCUGGUCCCCUGGCACCACCGCCGGCUCUGCCCGCGAUGCCGGCAGCAUACCCCGGAGAUGGGAAGAGCCAUGCGAAAGACCCUGACGCGGUGAUCGCGGAGCUAGCCCGGCUCAGCGUGCAUCUGGCGUCAUUGCUGCGGUCCAAUUGCAGCCUAAGCGAGCUCGACGACGAUGCAUCCCAGCCAACCGGCCCGGACCACCAGAGCCCUCUGGUCGACGACGCUACCUUUGAGUCGGUGGCGGCGUGGCUCACGCGUGGUUCCGUGCAGAAGGAUGUACUCUCGCCGCUCGAGUGCCAUCAGCUUGGUCUUUCUCCGAUCCCUUGCCCCAAGGCGAAAACAACCGGUGCCAUCCUCUACUACACGCUAUCGGCCUCCCAGCAUUUGCUGGAGAUCGUUUGCUGUCUGCAGCCUAACAGAGCCAACGGCGGAUCUACUCCCUCGACGCUCAUGUCGAGUUCCCCCAUGUCGUCGUUGGCGUCGCACGAAUCUUCAUAUUUCUCCCUCCCGAAAGCGUCGUCGUCAUUGCCCACAUCACCCCCUUCGCCUACCGGCCCGACGAGCCAAACCUCGUUGGAUAACUGUAGCCAUAUCAUCCGCGACCUCCUGAUCGCCUGCCACACCAUGCUGCUGAACCGGUAUGCAGCGGUGCUGGUCGCCCUAGACCGCGAAGCAGAUCUCCGUGCGCAUAACAGCAUGACGGUAAUAGGCGAUGUCCGGCUCGUCACGAUCGUGCAGCUGUGCUCCUAUCUCAUUGAGCGCCAGCACAAGGCUAUGCUCCUGUCCUCGAAAUCCCUCGGCACGUCCGGCGUGCCAAUCCCGCAAAGUCUUGACCUGAACAAUGCACCGGCUUCGGACACGGCGAGCUGGGAGGCGACCAAGGACCUCAAAUGUCAGGUUCAAGAGCAGCUCAUGCGCCUGCAGCACAAGUUAUGCACCUGACACGGAGGUCGCUUUGUCGAUUCCGCGUCGAUGCGAUCACGUCUCUCUCUCUCUCUCUCUCCCAUGGCAGUAGGCGUUUGAAGCAGGGGACGAAUAUAUGAAUAUAUAUAUAUAAUAUGAUUUACGACUUGAACAAUAUACUCCCGAACGCGGUGGUAGGUAAUAUAAUCCUCAUCCUCGGGGGCCUAACCUGUUUGUGAUUAUCUAGACAAUCAAUAGAGA